UCACAUAUUGAGGAUGUGGUUAACAUGUCUGUUACCAUUUUAAUGUCAAAAGUUCAAGGAAACGCCUCCUGAACAUACUAUAGAGGAAAGAGGCAGUCGGGGUCACUUUCUUUACGUUUCAUUGUCUUAUACCUUGUGUAAACAUCGAGUGAAAAUAUUCAGAGACUUUUCAGAUAACAUCAAGUCAUAAACCAUGUGUAACUCUGGCGCAUUGACAAACCACACGGGUGCAACGUUCAAUAUGUUUGAGCGUGUGGCCUACACGCUUGUGUUUUCAGUGGGCCUUAUCUCCAACAUCACAGCGCUCUGCAUCUUCAGUCGCAUCAAACAUUGGACCGACACGCACAUCUACAUGCUCAACCUACUCAUCGCAGACUUGCUUGUCAUUAUUUUUCUGCCUUUCAGAAUAAUGGAGACGUAUGGUUUGCUCAAAAUAAACACAUUCUGUACGUUCCUGCUGUGCACCCAUUACUCCAACAUGUACUGCAGUAUAUUUACCAUUACAGCCAUCAGCGCGCAGCGAUUCACGGUCCUCAAGUUUCCAUUUCUAGCGAAGGCCGAAGUUAAGAAACGCAAGACGAUCGCUGCCUCGGUGUGUGUUUUCAUAUGGACUAUAAUCACGAUCAUCUGUGCGAUAUUUCAUCGGAACCUCCUCCCGGACCACUUAGAAACCUGCUACGACCGAAAGUUCAGCGAUAAGCUUGAGAAAAAUUUUAUUAUUGUUUUAGAAACAGUCGGAUAUCUUAUUCCAAUGGUCAUCAACGUGUUGUGCUCCACACAAACGAUUUACAUCCUGGUGAAAUCUGUUCAAAACGUUGAAGAGAGCGAAGGGGUGAAAAGGAAAACCGUAGCUGCUGUGAUCUCUGCUAAUCUGUUCACGUUUAUUUUUUGCUUCACACCCGUUCACGUUGGCCUUUUGUUGCAAUAUUUAUCGGAAGAAUGCAAGAAUGACGCAUUGCACAUGUUUUUUGACGUCGCCGAGUGGAUAGCCACAACCAACUGCUGUAUGGAUUCAAUUGGAUAUUACUUUCUGCUGAAAAGAGUUAUAAGAAACCAUCCGGAGUCAUGCACAUAAUAAUUCAUGGUCGAUAAUGUUUGACAACAAAGUGCUCUGAUUAUUUAGCCUUAUCAUGGGAAUUAUCAUGGACGAAAUACGUUACAUUUAUUCAAUAGUGUGUUCCUCUGGAUCAAAUGUUAGUGAAUUAUGUUAGCACUGCAAAGGUCAUGGGUUUGACUGACAUACUGAUAAAAAGUAUACUGUAUUUAAGUGCACUGUAACUCGGUUUGAAUAAAAGUCAAGCACAUGCACUACAUAGACAAAAAGUAUUUGGGGAUUUUUUUAAUAAAGAUGGCUGGGGCAGCACAGUGGCCACACCAAGCAAAGUACUGCUUACAGCAAGAAGGUCCCUGUCAGGCCCAACACCAGGAUGGCAUAACUGGGGGGGGGGGACUCCACACUAUACCUUAUACCUAGCCAGUUCUUCAGCUUUAUUAAUAAUGUCUGAUUUAUCUAUGCAGUUUGCUUUGAGGAUGAUAGUAACAGCGACAUGACUAGCUCGUGUGAGUUGCAUUUAAAAAACUAAUGUUUAAAACUUUGCAGGUUGAAAUGUCGCAGAAAACGUGACCUAGGUUGCUUAAGUGUACUGCACCUUCAUGUAGGCUAGCUCGUUUUUUAUUUGCACGCUGAAGCCAUUCGCCUGAAAUUAGGUAGUUGCAGACAUUAGAUGAGUUCAGUUAUACACGUUUUUAACAAAAUUAUUAUUUCAAAUUAUACCACGGGUCUUUUGAAUGUUGUGUUCUGAUUGGCUGAGAAUUGUUCUGUGGGUAUGCAUUCAUUUCUGAUAACCGCACUCCUAACUUGUCAAAUGUCUUAAAAAUAGGCACCAGAGCAAUGUUUGUGGUAACCGUGGUAUAAGAGGAAUAAUUGACUCCGGUCCUUUGAAUUAUUUGAAAAUAAUGCACACCUGAAUUGCACCUUGGGUGUGCAUUAUUUUCUUAUAAUUCAAGGCCCGUCGUCAAUUAUUCCAUACGUAUAUGACUGAAUUAAACUUUCCAAUUUAAUUUAUGUCUGAUAAGAAAACCUGGGGGGGGGUGUUGCCCAGCCAGUGUUGGUAUGUGGGCCCCACUUGGGUUUCUAGGCAGCAUGGGUUGCAUGAGGACCUAUGUGGGCAAAAUGAUGUUGCAAAAUGUUAUGCUAAAUUGUUAGUCAUUACCUGCAUUAGCAGUUUUUAAAUGUUAUUGAUGACUUUAGUGUUGAAAGUGUAA